AUGGCGGACGAUGCCAUUAAAGAACAGUUAGAGAACGCCCGUAAAGCAUUCGAAGCGCAGAAUUAUCAGGCGUGCGAGUCGGUCCUUCAGAAGAUGCCACACGAAGAUUUACAGGCACAACACAACCUGGCCAUUGUGCGACUGCUGCAGAACCACGCUGAUGUAGAGCAAACCAUCGCGGCUCUGGCCGACAACUCAACAGAGGGCAUCCCUGCGCUGAAUGAGAAGGAGGUGGAGACAAAGCAUCCUGUUGCCCUCCUCUAUGAAGGACAUGAAACGGCGCAUUUUAAUCGUGCCUUGCUUCUUGCAAGAUCUGGGCUAUUAAACGAGGCAGCAGUUAUUCUGCGUGGCCUGCUUGGGAUGCACAACAGCAUUAAACCUGCAGUCCUGGGGCGUGUGGUUUGCCUCUUACAGACAAUCACACGUAUUCCGACGACGGUGCAUCAUCGUCAGCGUUCUGAUGAGGAUCUGAUUCAGAAGGUGGUCGCGGAAGCCAUGGAUAAGUUUACAAAAGAUCCGGCCCUUCUUACUAUGAUAAGGGGGGCAUUUGCCGACUCCAGCACCAUUCAGGAAAUGCCACACAACUCCGACGCAGACUGGGCUGUUUACUUUAACAAUCUUGGAGUUCUGAUAAUGGGUGAUUCUAAAAUGAACGUGGCGUCCCUUUGCUUUGCGAAGGCAGAAAAAGCUGUCGCGCAAUGCAAUACCCCUUUGAUGCGGCAUCCCAUUGUCUACAACGCGGGGCUCUGUGCGUUAUUACGUGGUGAGUAUGACAGUGCCAUUACUUGUUUUCUUUCUGUGCAGGAGUUUAUGAAGAAAUCUCCGCUGUUUUGGGUGCGCUUUGCUGAGGCCGCUGUUGGUAAGCUGCAGAAGGAGGCACAAAAAAAGGGUCUGGAAGAGUAUGAACGCAUGCAGGAUCACUUUUCGGAGCAGCUGCGUAACGGUAAGAUGUUUCCUAACUACGAAUAUCUUAUUCUACCUGGAGCCACCAUCAAUCAAGGCCCUCUUGUCGAUCCGAAGGAUAGCUCUGUCUGCACUUCACUAGAAACACUGGUGUGUACUACGGUUCAGAAUGCACUGCUGCUUCUGUUGCCACGGGGUCACACUGCUGCUAGUGCCAUGGAGGCCUUUCCCCAUAAUGUUCAGCUUAUUCACUUUGCUUUGUUCUAUUGGUGUGCACUUGAGAUAUGCCGAAAGAACUACAUUGUUGUGGUCAACGUGGGAUAUGACCUCCUUAGCUUGCACGAGCGUCGCCCACUCUCACCGAAUCUACACGCCGCCUUAUUGUCGUAUAUGGUGGAGGCGUUAAUACACCUAAAUGAACCGGAACGAGCCCUGAAAGUGCUUCGUCGUUCUUCUCUCUCCAGCCUCGUCCUUGGUUCCUCCUCGGAGCCCCUUGACAGCCACCAGCAAGGUCGUGUGGAAGCGCUUUUUGUUAACUUGGCCAUCACACAUAUCGCAAAUGGUCUGUGGAAUCAGGCCUCCUCUGUUGUAGAGUCGCUUCUGGCGAAGGUGUAUGAGGGCCGCGCGGCGAAGGAGAAGGAGGGAACGGGCUCGACUAGCAACACCAGCAACCAGGGUGUGAUUCUUGCGUAUCACAUGCUAGCCAUUUUUCUUGAGUUAGCGCAGGGCAAUCAAGAAAAAGCCCAGGAGGCGUUGCUGCGCCUUUCAUGGGUCGCCUGA